AUGAAUAGCACAUUAAUCCUAAUGAGCCUCUUAAUCUCACUCGUGCUGAGUGAGUUUGUUGAUGUAGAUGAAGGUCCACCAACGCACCCUAUGAUUCGGCCGCAUCGCUUGCGGCCACAUCAUCACAAGCGGGACAUAAAUGUCCUGAAGACACAAUUUUCGUGUACUAUCGAUGCGAUCGAGCUGGUCGAACUAAGUGCCAUUGGUAUAUGCGGAUGUGGACAGUUGUUCUCUUUGGUGUGGUACUCGUCAAAGCCGUAUUCGCAUGCUUCGUAUCAUUCUUUCGUUGCGUAUGCUGUUGAUAUGGACAACGGAGAGCUAAAGGAACAGCAGUGUCAAGAUGAAAGCGAAGUGGAUUGCAAAUCAUCGUUUGGCCAACAACCGAUUGCCUCACUUAUCGUCGCCAAAAACACCACCUCAUAG